AUGGGCUGGCGGUACGCCUCGCAGGAGUGCGACGCGGAGGUGUCCACGUCGCUGCUGCGGACGUUCUUAGACCGCGGCCAUCGCGAGGUGGAUACCGCGCUGGCCUACGCGGGCGGGGAGACGGAGAGGAUGCUCGGCGAAAUCUUCUCGAAGCACCCCGAGUUACUCGCGCGCGCGUCGAUCGCGACGAAGGCGAACCCGUGGCCCGGCGGGAACAUGACGUCCAGCGCGGGCGAGGGAGGCUUAGAGCCGUCGCAGCUCCGCGCGCAGGUGACGGCGUCGCGCGAAGCGUUAGCCCCGGGCGCCGUCGACCUGUUGUACCUGCACGCCCCGGACGCGGCGACGCCGAUCGAGGAAACGUUGCGAGAGCUCAAGGCGCUGCACGAGGAGGGGGCGUGGAAACAGCUCGGGCUGAGCAACUUCCCGGCGUGGGAGGUGGUGCACGUGUACCACAAGUGUCUCGAGAUGGGGAUGCCGCCGCCGAGCGCGUACCAGGGGAUGUAUAACUGCGUCACGCGGGCGUGCGAGCCGGAGCUGUUACCCGCGCUUCGAAAGUUGAACGUCCGAUUCUUAGCGUACAACCCCCUCGCGGGGGGGCUCCUCACGGGCAAGCACGCGUCGUAUAACGCGGACGCGAACGCGGAGAGCGACCGCGGGCGGUUCGUGAGCAACAAGAUGUACCAAGACCGGUUCUGGAAGAGGGAGUACUUCUCCGCCGCGGAGCUUAUUAAAAACGCGUGCCAAACGGCGGACCCGGACGGUACGCUCGGGUUAACCCCCGCGUCUGCUGCGUUACGAUGGAUGUACUCGCACAGCCAACUGGACGGGGGAAAGGGCGACGCCGUCAUUCUGGGCGCGAGCUCCGUGGCGCAUCUGACGGCCAACUUGGACGCGGCGGAGCGCGCGACGAACGGCGAGCCGCUGCCGCGAAUCGUCCUCGACGCCAUCGAAGACGCGGCCGCCGCGUGCGCCGCGGCGACGCCGCAGUACAGCCGCGGGCACAGCAAGAUCGCGUCGCGAUGA